GGCUAUUUUUAUGAAUCCAAACACAGCCUUUCAAACAGAAACCAGGAACAUAGACUAAGGUACCACCACAACAACACGAUGAAAGUCAGCGGGAAGAUCGCCUUGGUAACGGGAGCCGCACAGGGCCUAGGGAAGUCUUUUGCAGCAGCUCUGUUAAAGAACGGUGCUAAGGUUCUAAUUUCGGAUGUCAACUCGGAGGCGGGGAAAGCGACGCUGAAAGCCUUCCAAGACAAGUAUGGUGAAAACAACGUGAUGUUUGUGAGAGCCGACGUUACGUCACAAGCCCAGAUGGAAGCUGUCUUCCAGCAGGUGCGUGAAAGGUUCGGUGGGCUGGACAUCAUGUCGAACAACGCCGGGAUCAUAGGCGAGACUAGGGAAGUCUGGGAGAAGACCGUCGAUGUCAACCUGAAAGGCGUGAUCCGGGGGACGAACCUCGCCCUGGACCUGAUGCGCCGGGACAAAGGGGGCCGAGGGGGAGUUAUCGUCAACACGGCGUCCAUUGCAGGUUUGAUGGCGGUUCCGGGAGCUGAAGUUUACACUGCCACUAAACACGGGGUCAUCGGCUUCUCCAGGAGUUGGGCUCGCAGUCCUCUGUGUGCUGACAAUGGAGUGCGUGUGAAUGUGCUAUGUCCUUCCUUUGCCGACACGGCCCUGCUGCCCCGUGGUGGAUCAGCUGACGGAGACGUCGGCAAAUAUAUGGACGAACACGGAGUGAUGUCCCCGGAGUAUGUGGCCGAGGGCUUCCUGGAUCUGGUACAGGAUGACUCCAAGAACGGCGCUGUGUUGAAAAUGGGGGAGAAAUUAGGGAAAGUUUACGUGGAAUAUUAGAGUGACGAACAAAAGCACAUAUUCAAGAAGUUUAGAAAUUGCUUCAAAUCUUUACAAUGUUUUGAUAUCAAAUUCUCAGAAUGGCAUUUAUAGAAAGACAAGGAAGUUGGUAUUUACAAAAAAAAGAGUGAUAGAUUUGAAAACCGAUGGAAAAUUCUUUAUGUUUUUCGUUAAUGUAAACUUGGCCAACCCUUCUGAUACCACCAUUCAACCUACCCAUCUACACAAGCAUCCAGUUCCCUGAGUCGUAGUUCACGAACCUUCUUCACCUCGCAGUAGGUAGCAAUACAGAUAUUUCAAAAUGCAGCAAAAGGACUUCUCGUCAGUUUCUUGCCAUUUUCAUAAAGUACAUGAAAAAUCUGGGAGAAAAUCAAAGCAUUCUACCAAGGGCGGUGUUCUCAACAGGGCAGAAUGUGAAUGUGCUGUGGAUGUGAACAGUUUACCUGGGCCACAGUUUAAUCAAGGCCCCAUUCGUGAAGAUCGAUGGGGAGGACGCUGGAGGGCAAUCUGAAGGACAUGGUUUAAGUGAGGUUCCACCACUUGUUUCAGCACAGAACUGAUGACCCGUGUAGAAAUGUCACCCCCCCAACUCCUUGUACUAGUUUAUCAGUAAACUACUUUAUUGU